CGAGUCUCAGUUGCUGGAACGUGUUGAUUGCGUGUCCUUCGUGCUCUUGUCUUUUUGACUUGACUGCCAAGUUCUGUGACAGUUUCAGUUAGGCGUACUUAUUUUUGUUGCAUGCUGCAAACUGUUGCCAAAAAAAAAAAAUAAAUAAAUAGCCUAAAAUUUGCUCAAACUCUGAAGCUUAGUGCAAACGCAAACGCUCUUUAAUUUAAAUCGAGUAUAAUUAUAUUGUAAACAGCACGAUGACCAAUGCUAAGCGCAAGCAGCUUAGCACAUCGGCCGCCACUGAGGCGCCCAAAGAGAGCGUAGCGCUCACUGCAGAAGAGAGCAGCCCUAACAAAGAGAAAAGCGAAGCGCUGCCCACGCAACUGUUAAGCGCACGCGCUCAGCUCUUUAAGCUCUGCUUUGGCUACGAUUUGCAGACUUUUAAGAGUUUGCAAAGUGUUACAAGCUGGCUGGAACGACCAGUAGAUGGCGCUGCGUUGGGCAUCUUUCGCAUGCUCUUUGGCGCUGCCAUGUUAAUCGACAUAGCCGAGGAACGCGGCGGCGGGCAGCUGGAUGUGCGCUUUGGUGAACCACAACACUGUCAUUUUCCGCUUUUUAAUGGAAUGCGUGCGCUGGAUUAUCCCUCAAUGGGCUGCGUCUAUCUGCUGCUGUGGCUGGGCGCCUUGGGCAUAAUGCUGGGCUAUCGCUUUCGCUUGAGCUGCACGAGCUUUGUGCUUUGCUAUUGGUAUAUCUUUCUGCUGGACAAGCCGGCGUGGAACAAUCAUAGCUAUUUGUUUGGACUUACAGGCAGCAUGCUGCUCUUUACGCAAGCUAAUUGCUAUUGCUCCUUGGACUGUUGGCUAAAUCCAGCGCUGCGUCAGCCAGUGCCCUACUGGAAUUAUUUUCUUAUUAAAUUCCAGUUCUUUAUACUCUAUAUGUAUGCGGGCUUGAAGAAGUUCUCGCCGGAGUGGCUUUCAGGUUACGCCAUGUCCUCGUUGAGCCAUCAUUGGAUCUUUGCGCCUUUCCGUCAAUUGCUGGAUGCAGAGCUUAUUGAUCUAUUAAUUAUACACUGGUUUACGGCCAUUUUUGAUUUAACUAUUGCUUUCUUUAUGACCUGUGAGAAGACAAGAUGGUGGGUUACGCCAUUUAUGAUUAGCUUCCAUUUAAUGAACUCCCGACUGUUUUCCAUAGGCAUGUUUCCAUGGGUCUGUCUGGCGGAAGUGCCACUCUUCUUUGGCUUUGACUGGCCACGACGCCUAAGGAAGUCUGGAGCAAGUGCAGCAGCUACGUCUGCAGUGCAGUCAGCAGCAGGCUAUAAGGCACAGUUACGCUGCUGUUUAAUUUUAACUUAUUGCGCUUUGCAAUUGUUUAUGCCUUAUUCGCAUUUUAUAACCAAAGGUUAUAACAAUUGGACAAAUGGUCUUUAUGGUUACUCCUGGGACAUGAUGGUGCACUCGUACGACACUGUGCUGACUUCUAUAAAGGUCGUGGACAAUGACAAUCAGCAGGUGCAUCAUUUGAAUCCGUAUGCCUUUACGGAAUACGAUCGCUGGACUAAAUAUGCAGACAUGGCCAAGCAGUAUGCCCAGUGCAUAGAGCGCAAUUUACUGGAGGAUAAGUUGAAGCAGCCGGCAAAGAGUCCUUUGGGCAGUGCCAAUAUAUCCAUUUACUUUGACAUCUGGUGCUCCAUGAAUCGACGCUUCCAACAGCGCACAUUUGAUCCACGCGUGGACUUGUUGCAGGCGCCCUGGUCGCCGUUUACACGCACGCCCUGGUCGCUGCCGCUGCUUAAUGAAUUGAAUCACAUGCGUCCCAAGCUGAAGACUAUAGCUGAUGAAGUACUGGCUUGGAAUAACUAUUCGGAUGUGGUGUUCGUAGCAGAUUUUCCGGGACUCACGCUUAGCAACUUUAUAGCGCCCGAGCUGUUCAAUUGCACGCUCACCAUACUCGAGGGCAAUGUGCGCUACAAGAGCGCCAAUGAGCAGGAGGAAUAUUUUCUAACGGCUGGCAAGAGCAUUGGCUUGGAGAGUAAUGUUACGCACGAUGUCACAACCAUUGGUCAACGUCCGGCUUCCUAUAUGUACACCUAUGUGAAUCGUACAAUGCUGGAGCAAGAAAUUAACAUAGAUACGCCCAGUGAAAGUGGCAGAAAGAAUGGCAUAUUGCCACUGUGGCAGGAGUUCAAGCAGCGUUUGCAUAAUUAUCAACAGUUUCUAGGACACGUGGCCAAUUGUUUGCUCUACAUGCUUUACGAUGUGCCCAUACACAUGGCCAUACGAGAGAGAGUCUAAGAAUGAAAGCUAUAUAUGUUAGCUGCUAUACACUUACAGCUAUAUAUAUAAACUAUAU